GACCGCUCUUCUUUUUUUUUUGCCAUUCUUAGGUGAUUGGAUCACUCGUCCUUGAUGUUUUGUGGCUUAGUAUUCUCACGAUCACAUGUGGGAUUUGGUUACGGAUGUACCUAGACAAUGUCUUCCCGCACGCCAGUCCAAUGACAUCCCACACUCCCACAACUCCUGAACCUCGUGACGGUAAAAUGUCCAUUGCUGACUACGGGAAGCUUCUCUGCGUUGUUUUGUUAAUAGCGACUUCCUACAUAUUUAAUACGUCACACGGCUACAUAAGCUCCGCCGUCGGGUAUAGUGUCAUCAUUGCGACCACAAUUGCCUUGUGGGCAUUAUCUUUGUCCUUUGUGGUAAGAAAGUAAUUCCAUGGACUCCAUGUUAAUCGUUUUCAGAUAUUCAGCCAUAUAAACGAGGGCGCUUUUGCACGGAAUGCACGUUUAAAAUAAACUAAAGCUUAGGCCUAUGAUAUAAAUCCAAAAACUUGCUGUAACAAUGACACAUGACGCCUUCAUUUGUGACCACUUUCAUCAAGAAGGCUUAAAUAAUAUUUCAUGGCAGCUGCUGCUAUUAUGCAUCAAUUUAAUCAUAACAAAAGAUGUACAAUGUGAUUUAAAAUAUGUUUUAUUACUCACAGGGAUGGAUAAAGGCUCUUGUCUGCGGGGCCAUUCCUUUCAUUGCGCGGAUUUUCGUCUCUUUGUUUUCAACCACACAAACCUCUGUACUGAAGGUGUUUCUUGGAAUGUGGUCGACGAUAAUUGUUUUCAGUGUUGAAUAUUUUGAAAGUGUUACAAUGUCUCUAUAUCUCGUCAUUGUGGUAGCUCUCUCGUGGUUCAGUUAUCGCGGAGCUGUGCAGCCUUUUACUGAUGCAAGAAUCGCUGUGAUGCAAGACAUUAAAGCUACCUUAGAACUGCAGUCUGCUUUACAUAAUCUUCAACGUAAAAUGCGGAAAUGGAGAUUGCGCAGUGCCAUACAUGGAGAGAAGUGGAGAUUCGUGGAUACCACAGUACUGAAAACUGUGGUCGAGGAGAAAUCACUGCAGUUAUCAGGCAAAGGGGCAUCAGGCAUAUCGGUCUUGGAAUCCGUGGUCGGUACGAGCAAGAAGAAAUCAAAUUUUCUGUUCAGCAUCAUCCAACUUCCAGAAGACAUUUUGGAAUCGAUAUUGUCUGCCAUACUCAUCCGCAAGAUACCCAACUCACAAGUGGGGAAGUUCGUUGAAGACGUUGCUGACAAUCUUGAAUGUCUGCACGAAAAAGAAAUGAAGAUUCAAAUCGACAAGCUGAGAGAAGAGGUCGGAGUCUUGUAACUUACAUAAAAAGAUGAGGCAGCUACUAUACAAAUGGAACACGAUAUUCAUAAAUACCUAAGACAGUUUACGCAUUCCUAUUGGUCGAGAGCCCGUCAAGUGGCCGGUCUUAAACGGAUGAUAAAGGCAUGGUGAUUAGUUCUGCAUAACAAGAAUUCCUCUUGACCUGAUAUUCUGACCAUUCAGCGGGCACCUUCAUUUGAGUCUUGUAUCACAAAAAAAACAGCAAUAUAAGUUUGGAAACAUUUAUUUCAAUGAUGUCAUUCAUUACAAUUAUGUACAAUCAUGUAUAAAUUAAGAAAGGUCAGUAGUAAUAUAUAUGACAGUUAUGUACACAGUGAUUACUAAUAAGUGUAAUAUUAAAUGACAACAGUUAGGUGUAAGGUUAAGCAGACGCUUUUGUGCCCUUACCUAUGGACAGACAUACAACCAAAGUACUGUAACAAGGGACAAACAAAA